GUUCCCAGGGUUCCGUGAGAGCCGUUUGCCCCACCCCACCUCUUCAACGCUAUCUAUCUCAAUGUACAAUCCUCAGAGAAAAAAGGGGGCAAAAAUAAUUCAGAGUAACACUGCAAAGAAACGACCAUCACAUCCCCGACCGGUCCAUCGGAGCAGACGCGGCCUGUCGGCGGUAAAAAUAAAUGUCUCGCCGUUGGAUCAGUGAUUGAAAACACCGCGGUAUGUUCAUGUAUCAUGCACAUGUAACCACAAUCUACCAUACGGAUUCAAAGGGAAUACAAAAAGCUGAGAGACUUGACAGCGGGCUGUACCUACGCCAAACGGGAAAAUAACGGAGGAGUUUCCACGAAUAUCACCUGGAUAUCGAGCUAUAUUACUCAAGGACAUCCAACUGCCUAAAAAACCCCGCAUUUUGCUCGCGCGGAGAAGCUUUCCGAUGUGAGGAGAAAUACAAAUUAACGUUACAGAGAGAAAAAGGACGGAGAAGGGGCCUUUUUUUAGGGGGGUCUGGUCGAACCCUCCGAAAGAAAACCAGCAAGAACCAGCAUCUGUUAAUGAAGAGAGGAAAUCAUUUUGACAUCGGCUUAAAACAGGAUAUUAUUGAUAAGGUUGCUAACAUCAACGACGACCAGCCACACACAUACAAAAAAAUCGGUGUAUGGGCAACAUAAUGUGACGGAUUUGAAAGACGGUUUUGAUAGAGAAAGAAGCCCCGGUGUAGUGUGAUGAUUCACAUGCCGUCAUUUUAAGAGGAAAUAUUUAUUAUUAAUUUUUUUUCACCUGCCCUCAGAUGUGCUUUGGUUAGCUGGAGAACAGAUUGCAAAGAACCCCUAAACACAAUAACGUAAAAAUAUAUGUAUUUAAAGGGGGGAGAGGGUCGAGAAAAAUAGGGCUUUGGCUGUGAGUGGAAAUGAAUUGAAUGGCAGUGUGAGAUAUCUGCCGAAGAUGGGCUCCGAAGGAGACAUUUGCUGAGAAAAUUAAACCUAUAUUUAAAUCUAUAUAAAUCUACAAAAGCUAGCGUUUAGAUUUACACCUUUAAGGAAACAGGACCACCGAUGUUCAUUCAUGUACGUUGCAGGGCUGCAAAAUUUCUCAUCUACUCUCAUGUCAAUGUUGAUGACUUCAUUGCGGAUUUACAGUGAAAAACACAAGAAUCAAGCGUCUGAGAAGACGACAUCGGUGCUCUGCUCCUUUCUGACUGAUCUCUUGUUGAUAAAUUGCCAGUAAAUAGGUCCAUCCACACACAGACAUACUGUGCCAAAGCCUGGUGGAGUCCGCCAUCUACUACCUAACAGGUUUACAUCUGUUCCAUCUACAUCUGGCAACAUAAAUGUCACCCAUUUUGAGCCAGGUGUUCCUCUGUCAGCCCAGUCUAGGAAUUUAGGAUUGAUUGGAUUUUCUUCUGAUCAGCACCCCUCCUUCCCUACAACCAACCAACUAACCAACCAAUCAACCACCCUGCCUCCCCCCUGAACCUGACGCUGGGUUUUAGGGAAGAUGGGCUGUCUUGGCAAUAGUAAGACCGAAGACCAGCGAAAUGAGGAGAAGCAACAGAGGGAAGCCAACAAAAAGAUAGAGAAGCAGCUCCAAAAAGACAAACAGAUAUACCGAGCGACUCACCGACUACUACUAUUAGGGGCCGGUGAAUCCGGGAAGAGCACGAUAGUCAAACAGAUGCGAAUACUGCAUGUUAAUGGCUUCAACGCAGAGGAGAAAAAACAGAAAAUUCACGAUAUUAAAAACAACAUUAAAGAAGCUAUAGAGACGAUUGUGUCUGCCAUGACCACGCUCACACCGCCAUGCCAGUUAGCCUGUCCUGCAAACCAAUGCCGAAUCGAGUACGUCCUGCACCAAGUAAACCAGAAGGAUUUUGAGUUUCCUUCGAAUGAUUGCUGCCAUGCCCACCUGUCCCGAGCCUCCUUGCUCCCAGCGAUGUACAGUACUGUGCCUCGUCAUUGUAGUCAAGUUAGUCAAGAGUUUUAUGACCAUGCAAAGAUCCUCUGGCAGGAUGAGGGUGUGCGGGCCUGCUGGGAAAGGUCCAACGAAUAUCAACUCAUCGACUGUGCACAGUACUUCUUAGACAGGAUUGAGGUGGUCAGGCAGAAUGAUUACACACCCACUGACCAGGACCUGUUGAGAUGCAGAGUACUUACAUCUGGGAUCUUCGAGACAAGAUUCCAAAUAGACAAAGUCAAUUUCCAUAUGUUCGAUGUUGGCGGUCAGAGGGAUGAACGUCGAAAAUGGAUCCAGUGUUUUAACGAUGUGACCGCUAUCAUCUUUGUGGUGGCGAGUAGCAGCUACAACAUGGUGAUCAGAGAAGACAAUCAGACCAACAGACUACAGGAAGCCCUCAAUCUUUUCAAGAACAUUUGGAACAACAGGUGGCUACGAACCAUUUCAGUAAUCCUCUUCCUGAACAAACAGGACCUGCUCGCUGAGAAGGUUUUGGCAGGGAAAUCUAAAAUUGAGGAGUACUUCCCGGAGUUUGCACGCUACACUACACCUGAUGAUGCAAUACCGGAGCCAGGUGAGGAUCCCCGCGUCACAAGGGCAAAGUACUUCAUUCGGGAUGAGUUUCUCAGGAUCAGUACAGCCAGCGGGGACGGACGGCAUUACUGUUACCCCCACUUCACCUGUGCGGUCGACACAGAAAACAUCCGCCGCGUCUUCAAUGACUGUCGCGACAUCAUACAGAGGAUGCACCUACGGCAGUAUGAGCUGUUGUGAUGGGCAGCGGCGUCCAGUCUACUUAUCUACCUACCAACUUACCUAUCUACCCCCCACGACCAGUUAGCCUAUCACCCCCUCCACUUCCACCAAGUUCACCAAACAACAGAGCGAGCGUCUGUCCGCCUGCCCUCCCUUCCAUCCUGAAUCUUCUCCCAAUAACAUGAUUUAAGAAAAACAGAACAGUGGAACAACUUGUUUAUUUUUUUUAAAGGAAACACAUUAAGGAUACACCAAUAACAGUUUCAUCAAGAAUUAGCCAGGACUGACUGCUGUACUCAGCUACACUUUGACCCAGGAAAGAGGGUCAAGACUGGAAUCCGUCAGUACAGCCUAUCCCUCCUUUUAGCUCUCUUUCUCUCUCUGAAAUAAAAACAUACAUACACACACACUCGCAGGUACACACACUACAGCAUAAGACAUCCUGAACCCUUAGAUAGGUUUUAAUGUCUCAUAUCGCGGUGUCACACACACACACAGAUACUUUUUAAAACUGAGUCCUCCUGCUUUUAACAGUUGGCAGAGGCUGAAUUAAAUAAUGCAUUUUGAGAAAGAGGAGUUUAUUCACUGCGUGCUAAAGACAAAGGAGGAAGAGAAGAAGAAGAGAACGAUGAAUAUGAAGAGUGGCAAUCCGAUACGGACGGAGGAGGGCUGUGAGCCUUUUUGUGCCCAAACAGACGGACUAAUUGACUAACGGCUCCCUGUGGACGUGAGCAUGACUCGAACAUAAGACCACACGGCUCACAUGAUUUGCUCUUCAAGAAACCAAUCAAGGAUGAGUGGCAGAAAACAACAAAAAAAAGGAGGGGAAAAAACAAGAAAAUUACCAUACAAUGCAUAAAAUCAUGCAUACCAGUGAACUUCAUGCAGUGCAAAAAAUCCAAGCUAUAUAUAUAGAUAUUAUAUAUGUGUGUAUAUAAAUAUGUGUAUAUGUGUAUAUAUAUAUAUAUAUAUAUAUAUAUAUAUAUAUAUAUUCCUGUAAUAACACAAUUCAACUUUUAAGUUUUUGUUAAUUUUUACCCCAUGUUGUGUGUUGGUGUACACUGUGUGAUCUGCCUUUGUGCACCAUUUAAACCCCCCCUAACUACACAAACAAACACACACACACACACACACACACAUAAAUAUUCCCCCUUCCUGCUGCUAUUUGACAACUAUUCAACAUAUGGAAAAGAAAGGUUGCAUUAAAUAAUAAGAACAAAACAACACAAACGCAGAGCAUGAGGUUAAAGAAAUCACUUAUCAAGACUGGACGCAACAUUUUUACCUGGAAACACAUACACUAACACACACACACGCACUACAGCCCUCAUCAGUAACCCUCUCCCUUUCCACACACCACCACCCCUCCACCUUUUGUCUUAUACUUUCAUCUCCCCCAGUGCCACUUCCUCCCCCUCCCUGCUUUAAAUACAUCUGUCUUUAUUUUACUGCUGGACUAUUAUUCUUGUACAGACUGUAAAAUGUAUUAUUUUGUACAACUUUAUUGAAGAAAAAAAAUAACUUGUAGAAGAUCCCUGUGCCUUGAUCACGACUGUACGUGUAAAAAUGAGCUAAUAUGUAAGUUAUGUUUCACUGCGCUGUACAGCUGGACAGGUUUGUCCCACCUCGUCCGUGCUAGCUCACCCCUCUGCUGGAGGCUGGGUGGGGAUGGGGCAUCGGAUCGGGGCGGAGGCCUUUUGUCUGUUGCUUAGUUUUCAUCCCCCCCUCCUCCACAUUUGUUUGUUUGUUGAUUCAUUUGUUUUGCUUUGACUCUCCUCUGGUUUAUAUAAUAGGAUUUUUAAAAAAAAUGAAGAAAAAAAAAGAUAAUCAAGACACCACCUUAAUGCUGUGUAGUGAAAGAUACUGAACCCUAACACAAUUUAAUAUAUAUAAAUAUAUUUCAGAUUUUAUAUUUUAUAUAUGUACUGUACACUUAUAUCUAUCUCCAUUGUGAGCUCUCCCCCAGGUUUCCUUUGCUUUCUGUCAGAAACAUCUGCAUACAUUUUCAGAAAGUGGCGAUUCUGAGUGCAGCGGGAUGGGUAUUCAUUUCUGGACUUUUUUUGUUUUUUUUUAGCUUUAACUCUUUUGAAGGAGAGGGAAAUAUCCAGUUGCAAAACAUUGCUUGUUUCUACAUAAACCAAAUUCUUUUUGCUUAAACAAGAAGAAGCA